AUGGGAAAAGGCAUCGUACCUGAUUCCAGCCCUUACAAUGCAUCUGCAGCACGAUCGACAGCCCUAAAAGAAGCCGACGUCGUCAUAAUACUUGGAGCCAAACUGAAUUGGAUUCUCUCGUUCGGACUUGCUCCAAAAUGGAACCCGUCAGUGAAGAUAAUUCAAGUGGACAUUUGCGCCGACGAACUUGGCAGGAACGGCAGUGAUAGUCCACUGAGCCUUGUCGGCGACAUUGGUCUCGUUGUGGAGCAGCUAAUCUCACACCUCGGUGACUGGAAGUGGCAAAACGAGUCUUCCGCUUUCUACCGCAGCCUGGAGGCAGCCAGGUCAAGAAAUGAAGCUAAAGCUGCCAAGAAAGCGCAAGUUGACAAGAUUCCAAUGCCAUUUGAGAGAGCAUUCGACAUCAUGAAGACCAAGUUCAAUGAACUGUCACCCCCAGAGAAUGGAGAUAUUGUAUACGUCUCUGAGGGUGCGAAUACGAUGGAUAUCUCGAGGUCCAUAUUCACGAUGGAGCACCCUCGAAUCAGGCUUGACGCUGGCACAUAUGCCACCAUGGGUGUGGGACUCGGCUAUGCCAUAGCCGCAUGGGCGGCAUACAACCUGCCAGAACCAGAGGGGUUGUCUCCAAGUCGAAAUCAUAAAAAGAUAGUUGCCAUCGAGGGGGACAGCGCUUUUGGGUUCUCUGGCAUGGAGGUUGAAACCAUGGCCCGGUUUCAGAUGGACAUCUUGAUUUUUGUCAUGAACAACAGUGGUCUCUAUCGAGGAGACACGGACUCGGCAGAGAAGUGGCAGGAACGCCAGAAGCACACCAUUGCUGGCACGACGACGGAUCGGAAAGGAUUGACAGCCUGGUCUCUUGGAUAUCAGACCGACUAUCACAAAAUAGCCGAUAUGGCUGGUGGGAUCGGCAUCCUGGUGCGGACGCCGGAGGAGCUGAGAGAAGCUACAAGGAUUGGAUUCGAAGCCAAAGUCCCUGUAGUAGUGAAUGUCAUGGUUGACCCACAAGCUGAUUUACCAAUGGACUUUUCCUGGCUCGAUAUGGUACCACCAGAGCAGAAGCAAAAAGCUCUCAAAGAGAAGCUAUAG